AUGGGCCAAACUAUUGACAGUGCUGUCUUCGAGCUGGAGGGAGGAGGGAAGUUGCCUGGAGCAGCUCGGGUGUGCUUAGCUGGGACGAGCACGCAGAAGAUGGAGUUGGUGGGUCGCCUGAAAAGUGCGGCACUGGAAGCCCUCCGGCGUCACCAUUGGGACGCUGCGGCCAGUCUUUUGGUGGAUCUUCCCCAUGCGCACCUGUGGCGAGAGGAUCUGAUCGAAGCGGCCGAGUACCUCCUGCGCUCCUCCUGUCUUUCGGCCAACCUCUCCGCGCUAACCCUUUGGACGCGCCUCUUGAGCGAACUCCGCCCCCCUGCGGCCGAUGCCGCCGUGCUGCGCCGGGCCUGGCUGCGGUUUUGGCCCAGCGCCUUGUACGCUGCACGCUGGCGCGAGGGUCCGGUGGCCAAGGCGUGA